UUUCAACCAAAUAACUUGGAUUUGGAUGAGAAAGAAACGAAACUGGCUUCGUAUUGGACACUGCCAUUUACUGAACUUCGUCUGGGAAUGAAAGUAAGUGGAACGAUCAGAUGGAUCACCUUCAGCUAUUCCGCAUCAUCUCUCUGACAGAAAAUACAGGAGCACGAGUAUUGGUAAGAGUAAGUGGAGAAGUCUACUGCCAAGGUCAUCUCUGCAAAAAUAUUGCAACAGGUAGUAGUAUCAAGCAUUCAAGGUUUACCUGGGAUUAAAGGAGACAAGGGAGACCAAGGCGACAAAGGUUCCGCAGGAAAAGUUGGUCCAAAAGGUGCCACAGGAGUCGGUUCCAAAGGCGUCAAAGGCGAGCCCGGGGUUAAAGGACCGAUGGGACCACCGGGAGUUUUUCGCACAGAUGAUUGCUCAUUUAGCAAUAAAGGUAUGAUGAAAUACAACAUUCAACAGAAAGAAGUUGAGUAUUGUAACGGCACCAAAUGGUUACAGCUACAACCUAGCAGCCUGUCUCUGCUUCCUGCGUCAUCAUGUAAGGAAAUAGCACUCAAGUAUAAAUCAUCUUCUUACAAUGGACAAUAUUGGAUUAAACCAUCGUCUAGUGACCCUCCAUUUCAGGUUUUCUGUGAUGCGAGUGAAGGUUGGACGUUGAUCAUGAAAAUAGAUGGAAAUCAGCAAACGUUUGACUACAACAGCGACUUGUGGUUGAACAAGAAAACAUUUCAACCAAAUAACUUGGAUUUGGAUGAGAAAGAAACGAAACUGGCUUCGUAUUGGACACUACCAUUCACUGAACUUCGUCUGGGAAUGAAAGUAGAUGGAACGACCAGAUGGAUCACAUUCAGCUAUACCGCAUCGUCUCUCUACAGUCUUAUUGCUGAUGGACAAUACAGGAGCACGAGUAUUGGUAAGAGUAAAUGGAGAAGUUUACUGCCAAGGUCAUCUCUGCAAAGAAAUUGCAACAAGGAAGGAUUCAACGUUAGAAGUUACCACUCAUAUUAUGGAUCAAGUGGCGCACGAGCACGUCUAGGAUUUAUUGCUAACGAACAAAACGAAUGUUUGUCUCCAGACUCUUUCGUUGGUUUUGGAACAUCGCGCACGCAUGGUAAGUCGGCCGGAAAUAGUGCUGGAAACUACGCGUGCUGCAGUCCAGACAAUGGCGCUGCAAACAUUAAAGCAGUUGGCUACAUCAUGGCACGUUGAGAUAAUAGAGUUUGUGAACUGCUGUCUAUAGCGACUAGCUGCUAGCAACAAUAGCGUACAUUUCACAUUUCGUACGUUUUCUCUAGAUGACACGUUGUUUACCCAUUCAUUUAUUAGUGAAACGGAUGCCUCAUGCAAUAUUGUUCUAGCUAUAGGUAGUACGUAGCAGGCAGAAAGCAAAUUUUGCUUUCAGUGACGAAAUGAAAGUAACAGGUAUG